GCCAAUGGAUUGCGAGCUGGUGCUUUAUUAACUCGUGUUUACAGCUCUGGUUUGAGCUGUCUUCAUCAGACACCAAGGCACACUUUGACUUAUUUGUUGGAGUGAAGGUGGAGCACAUUCUUUCUGACUCAUCAGUUCAGUUUUUCACUCACCUUUUUCCUGAAGCAGCUGCAAAAUAGCAGACAAUUUAACAAUUGCAUAGUUGUCAGUCGGUACAAAAGAAAGCACCUUUCAGGAGAUUUUAGGAGGAAACCUGUGUGAGAACAGAGGCUCGUUGGAUCUGCGUGAGGGAAAGGAUGAGCGUGUUUCUGUCCUCCAUCCUCCCUCCGUUGGGACUAUACACUCUGAUCUCACGGUUCCUGCUGAAGAACCCACACUAUCUCCACCGGAAGAAGAAAACAGCUUUCUACUGCAUUCAAAUUUCACACCGAGGAGGAUCUGGAGAGAAGAUAGAAAAUACAAUGGAGGCGUUCACGAAUGCGGUGGAAAACGGCUCACAGAUGCUGGAGAUGGACUGCCACCUGACAAAGGAUGGACACGUGGUGGUUUCUCACGACGAGAACCUGAAGAGGCAGACCGGCAUGGACAAAGACAUCUCCUCACUCAAUCUGGAGGAGUUGCCUCUGUACAAGGAAAGGCUGGAGGUGGAAUUCAAUGCAGGCCACGAGAACAAAAGUGGUACAGACAGGAAGAUUGCUCUGCUAGAAGAUGUGUUCAGGAAAUUCCCAAAGAUCCCCGUCAGCAUCGAGAUCAAGGUGGACAACCCACAGCUGAUGCGAGAGGUGUCAGCCCUGGUUAAACGCUACGACAGGGAGAGCAUCACUUUGUGGGCUUCCGAGGACGCCAAAAUCCUGAACAAGUGUCGCAGUGUCAACGGCUCUAUGCCCUACAGUUUCUCCAAGCAACGCGGCGUCCUGCUCCUGCUUCUCUAUUACACGGGCCUGCUGCCCUUUGUCCCUGUGGGAGAGAGCGUGCUGCAGUUCUACCUGCCACGCAUCAUCAACAGGACCUACAAACCCGAAAAACCCGAAAUCCUGAAGAAAAGCUGGGUCGUUUCUUUAAUAGAUAAAAUAACAAUGAGAACAAACCUUUUCAAGCACCUUGCAGAGCGUGGGAUACAGGUUCAUUUAUUUGUUUGCAAUAAAAAUGAAGACAUCAAGGCUGCGUUUGACCUGGGAGCCACAGGAGUCAUGACUGAUUAUCCAACUCUGCUCUCUACCUACGUCAAAACACACGUGGGAGUGGUCGAUCCCGACAGCAGCAGCACUCCAGAAGAGGAACACCAAAGACUAAAACAGACAUAGCCAGACCAAGAGGGGAAUCCAUGCGUCCAAACUGAACAAGAUGAGUUCGCUGCCAAACACCGAGCUGAUAGGACAAUAGUUUCAUUCACUUCUCCAAUCACAGAUGGAUCCAUCCCUGCCGACAGUGUGAUCAUGUCUGCUGUAUGUAUUCAGUCAGGUCAGUAUGUAAAGAAACAGUUGAUGAGCUUUGUCAGCAGUGAAUGUUUAACUGCUGAGAAAGCAGUCAAACAACCCACCGGACAACCCAUGAUAAGACACUAAACAAACAUGACUUUGUUUUGACGGGCUACUUUCUGACAUUAUUGAUUGGUUUAGGGUGAAUAUUUUGUGUUUUUAGAUAAACUAAAGAUAAAGAAAUUGUGCUUUAGACUGCGUCAAAAAAGUGUUCGUACUCCCUGAACCACAAGCUUUUAUGUGUUUGCGGGGAUUUUAUGUAUUUAGCCACAGGUUCUCAGUUGGAUUUAAGUCUUCACCUUGACCAUUCUUGAAUGAAAAGUAGUCAUCUGGAAAAGUACUUGUAAAAAACUUACUCAAGUACUGAGUAGGUACUUAAGUAGCUGCUCAUAAGAUCUAAUUUUAUUUGUACAAAAUGAUUCAAUCAGGGAGAUGAUUGCCUAACCCUGGUCGGAGCGUCUGCACAGCUUUCUUCCUGACCUGUCAGCUAUGCUGCUUGGUUUUCGUCAGGAUAUUUGCUCACUAAUGUUCUCUAACAAACCUCUGAUGCUUUCACAGAGCCACAGGAUUUACACAGAGAGAUUGAGUUACACACAGGUGAACUAUGUUCACUAAUUAUGUAUCAAAUUAAAGAGGGAUAAAUAACAAUGCACAUCACACUUUUCAGAUUAUUGUUUGCCAAAAAUGAUGAGAACAGUAUAAUAGUUUUCUUUAACUUCACAACUCCUUUUGUGUUGUUCUGUAAAUUACUUGGGAAAAAGAAACAAAAAAAUCAAAGUUAAAAAAUGUGAAACUGUUCAAGAGGGUUGAAUACUUUUCAAGAAAACGGACAUGUGCAUGCACACACACAUGAUAACAGCUUACUGUUAUCAUCUGUGUUUUGUCAAUUUAUGUUGCCUAAUGCUUACCAGGUGCAAUGGAUCUCACUCGCAUCUCUGUUUUUCUUGGCAGCUGUGACCAAAGUCUGGCCACACUGCAACGAUGACAAUCAAUCAGUCUGUUGAUGAAACACAGGCUGGACUUUUCUGAACUGAUCGGCAGUUCCCUGUGCUGAUCAGUGUGACAGCAGAGUUAAACUGAUAUAAAGCUGUAAAUCUAGCUUUUUGUCACAUUGGUUCAUAUGGGAGCAGGUUUGAAUCAGAGAAUAUGUCUAUGAAAUAAUGUCAUUUGUAAUAUCUUUCGGAAUCAAGUGUUGUGGUCAUGCUCUUCUAAAUCAUUUGUCAUGUCACAUGUCCAGGCCUUUAACUGGUGGUCAGCUGAACAACAGAAACUGUAUGACGCCCCAAAGCCUGGUGGUAGAAAUGUUUGACUCAGAAAUUAAAUAUAAUCAUUUCUUUGAAAUAAUAAAACUAUGAUUAUGCUUGUAAUCAUAGUUCAGGAAGGGAUUUUCAAAUGGGUCUGAAAGGGGUAAUGUAAAUAAAAUAAAAUUUAAUUAAAAUUAAAACAAUCUGGUUUCCUGUAUCUUGACAUUUUAAGAUUUCUUUUGAAAUGAUGAAAAUUGACAAGCAAUGAAAGACAUAAAGCUGUGUCCUGUUUAUGCCCAAUGUGGCCUGAUAUGCCACACAGUUCAGCCUUUGAAUUUUUUCUUUGUUCUGUUUAAUUCAGAGUCAAUUUAGGAAAAAUCACAGAAAGAGUAAAAUUCCCUGGACAACACAAGCAACCAAAAUCUAAAAUGGCUACCAUUUUUUUCCAGAUAGCUUGAACAUGUCAUUGUUCUAUAUUUAUUUCUGGUUUAAUGUCAGAAAUGCUAAUGAAAAGUUUAUUCCUCCACCUUUCACUCUGUUUUUUAUGUGUGGCCACCAUAUUGGAUACUGAACUCAGGGCUGUUUGGCGAACUCUGGGUUUCCCUGUCAUGUAUCUGACUCCAGGGGACAUUCUUGUUCUGUUUCCAACAGGUAACUUGGAAAGUUUGUCUUUUGAGCACAAAGAAAUUGGAGCUUAUCAAGCAGCUACAAGAUAUUGUAUUCGGCAUAGCAGUCGAUCAUAUAGAACGUAGGUAAUGUUGCCAUUAAAAAAAACUCUAACAUUGAUCAAAUGUCAA